CUCUCUAGAAAUUUCCGGGUCCAUUGUCUUCUACUUAGUAACUUACUCACUUGAACUCACUUGUCCUCGUCGUCCAGACCUCGAUCGUUGACUGCAGCAAAGUUUCAUCAUAAAUGACACAAAACGGCGUUGUUCAGAGGGUGCAAGGGAGUCUGACUCGUGAAAAAGUGCAUCCAACGAUCACAGAACGACCUGUUAAAUAACCAAGUACAUGACGGUUCGGUGCACGACGGCCGUGGGCAACGUCGGGUGAUUAGCUCCAGUUACGCGGUGAUGUCUUAUAUUUCGUUACGUUUACAGAACGUGAAUUCAAUUGAUAAUACGUGGCUGACCAGGAGCACUGAUGAUGUAAAAGUCAGCCUCUCCAUUCAAAGCAUGCUUGGAUCGAGGCUGGCAAUUAUAUAUCCCAUUCCUCAACGAACUACCACUGUCCUUACUUUGAAGGCGAACGAACAUGUUGGUACGCCGGGUCGACCCACCUCAGCAGCCUCCAGGUUUCUUCCUACGUUUCUGGCUUUUCUUCGUCAAACUCGCCCACUCAUUCACAGGCUUGUUCAAGUCAAAGGCUCAUUCUGCUACCUUGCCAAUUCCCGUGACAGCGGGAAGCCAGAUCGCCCGUCAAAAACCACCACCUGUUCCCAGACGACUCGAGCUAGUCGAUACCAUGCUAUCUAACAGACGCAGUCCUCAGCGAAGCUCUCAGAAAAAAGGAUUUUCAAGUCAGUCUCCGGCAGUGUAUAUGGCAGCAGAAAUCCACCAAGACACCCUCUGCCGUAAUGGUACCGAUACCCAGAAUGAAGACUUGCGAACCAAGAAACAUGAAAUCUCCUACUUUCCCGGUUUCAUCGGACGAACGGUUUCUCCUGGUCGUGUACCCGAAGGCGGCGCUCUUCGCACAGCAACUUCGCUCCGCACUUCCGCCCAGCCUUUAGAUCGGGACCUGAGACGUUGUAACAGCGUCAUGCCUGUUGUAGCUGAUAUCUGGAACCCAGCUUUGGUACCGAGCAGCCCUCUUCCAUCCCGACGGCUCUCACUGCGUGUCACUUCUAUUACAAACGGCUCGAUCCUGAGCUUAGGUCCAGUGAACCCUCGUUUAGCUGCUAUGCACCGUUCAACUGGCCCUCGUCUUCGCAUCUCUUCAUCAGCGAAACCCACUCAAGUCAGCGCAUCUGAGUCGGUUCACAGCAUCGCCGCGUCCCCGUUCGCAAUCCGACGUGGUUUCGCCGGAGCAUCUGUGAGGACACCUCCUUCCUCGAUCCGUCUCCAAUCCCCCUGGAGCCCCUUAGACAAGACACUACCUCAUGAUGUGUGGAUGAAUUCAGAAGGCGUCCUGGCCAACGUUCGAGGCCCUGUAUACGCCUCACUCGAUGACACGAAAUCUUCGCAAGAUGAUGUUAUAGUACUCCAACAUGGGCCUUACACGCAGCUUCCAUGUGCCCCGUCUUCUCGGUUUUCAGACGACGGAGAUGACUUUAUAUCCAUCUAUUCGAACAUCUUCGACCUCCCAGAAGAAGAGAAAUAUGAGGAAGAAGAAUCCAGCAAAGGCACAUCUCAAGGCGACUCGUUCACUGCCAACGGUACAGACAAGGGAUCUCCUCCCGGCGGAGCGGCAGCUGGUUCGGUUAUGACAAUUCCUGUCGAUGACUCCGCUGCCAUCAAACGCGAUGCUAUCCAGAAUUUUGCAGAGGAUGUUGAGUUUGAGGACUCGAACAAGAGUAACACGUCAUCCGGGUUUGAAGAAGGCUUCUUUUGCGUCGUCUCUCAGUCCAAGUUUGAUCUGGCCUCGGAUGACCACACUUCUGGCCUCGCCUACAUACCUUCCUUGAAGAACCGAGAAGUACGCCCACUCAGCGUUGUAAUCGAGCCUGUUGAUCACCCCGAUCGCACCACCAAACGAUUCUCAGUCCCUUGUCUUCAUUCCGUUCGGGAAUUUGAUCAGAGCCCGCUUCGCACCUCGACCUCAGACUCUUCCCCUUCCAAACACUUCCCUGCUGCAGAAAGCAGGAGCUUGAGAGCACUCGCUGACCUUAUCUCUCUGCUUGAUUUUGCUGCGAUGGAGGCUGUGGAGGCCGAUGGCGUUCCUGAGAUCGGUGUGGGUGAACCUCGCUUGGUACGGGCCGAUUGAUGGACGUUUUUCCGUUAUAUGUUUCCUGUCUUUACUCUAUUCCACCAGAUUAUCCUGCCUUUGAAUUUUGAGAUGUUAUGACGGAGACUUGGUCAGAUGUUUUCGGUUCAAUCAUCAAAUUACGGUCAGGAAUUCCAAAUGGUCGCAAUGCAUCUCAUUUGUUGCCCAGGGCCUCUUUAAACGCGGUGCUCAUGCGCUAUGGGGGAG